AUGUUUGUAAGCCAUACAAAUCAUGAGUAAUGAAAAGAAGAAAGAAUUAACCCAGUCUGAAAAAGAUUCAAUUCUGACUAAAGUACAGAAAGACUUGCCUGAUAAAUGGAUUGCACAAUUCUCAAAGAAACAUAAGAACAGAGUUUACUUUUUUAAUACUGCAGAUGGAAGUUGCACUUGGGAGCAUCCAGGAUAUGCUGAAGUAAAAAGUCAGCCGAAGAGUCGAAAACGUUCUGGUAAAAAGAAAAAAAGGAAUGAAAAAGUGGUACACAAUGAUGUUCAAUCUUCUAUGCAAGAUGCAUCGAAGAAAAAAGAGACAAAAUCUUAUAAACAAGUUAAUGCUGUGUCCAGUUCAACAACAAAAUUUCAUCCCUAUUUGAAAACGGAAGUUAAAUCAUCAAUAAACAGACGUGCAAUCAGUUUGGUGUCGGAAAAAUACACGAAAAAGAAAAAACAAGAAAAAAAUUUCAAUAAGAGUCUUGAUUCAUCAAGUACUGCAUGUCAAACGUCGGAUUCCAAAAAUGCAGAAAAAUUUGAGCAUGUUGACAAAAGAAAAUCAAUUGAGAAUUCAUCUGGUAUUACCAAGAACUCCUCACACUGUGAAUCAACUGAAACCAGCAUUCGAGAUGUUGAAAUGUUAGACCUCAACAUAUCACCACCUCAGCUUCCAAAUUCAAUAACAAGUAAUUCUGAUGACCAUUGUAUUCAAACAGAUAAUCAGAAAUUUUUGACCGUUCAAUUAUUUGUCAUCCUUGAUACCAACGUUCUUCUUUGCGGCGAUUCUUUAAAUUUCCUAAAAAUGUUUGUGGAGCGAAGAAUGUUUGAAGGAAGUUCACAAAAGCUUGACAAAACAAAAUUAAUUAUUCCAUGGGUUGUCCUACAGGAGCUGGAUCAUCACAAGAAAAAUAAAAAUGCUGCUCGUAAUGCAAUAUCGUUUUUAAACAGACAAUUUCAAACGAAUAAGUCUAUUGUACGUGGACAAACUAUAUUUGAAGCUGCAACUGUAAUAGACGGUUUUAAUAUUGAAAACAAUGAUGAUAGAAUUCUUCAAUGUUGCUUUUCAAUGAAGCAGUCAUCCAAUGAUGACAAUACAGUGUUGGUUACCCACGAUAAAAACCUGAUGAACAAAGCAUUGGCAAAUCAUAUUAUAUGCAUAAACAAUGUCAAAGACCUUCAUAAAAGCAUUGCCAAAAUGAAAAAUAGUACCGCAUCGCUGAAAUCAUCUACCGAACCUGAAAUGAAGAAAAUAAUAAUGAUGAAGAAUAGGCAGGAUGAAAAUAACAAUCCAUCUUCAAGUGUUUCACCGGAAUCAUUGUCAAUAUUAUCUCCUCUUGAAUGCAGAAAUAUUUAUAAAAAGAAUUGUGCACGUGCUUUGUCUGCCUUGACAUUUAUUUUGGAGAAGGAAAUGAAAGAAGCUUUUGAUGAUUUGUGGUUGGAUAUUAUAUUAAGGAAACCACCUUGGACAUUGACUGAUGUUCUACACUGUGUUCGAAAGCAUUGGCUAGCUGUUUUUAAAGUGAUGGGUGUUGAUCAUAUUCUACAAGUGCAUGUAGAAAAACUUCUUGAUAUGCAGCGUUCUUAUUCUGAUAACAAAUCAGAAGAUAUCAAUUUUGUCUCUGAUUGGUCAGGAAGUGCCCUCAGUCUCGUUUCAGGCAUUAAUUUAAGAGGAAAAUACGAUGAGCCUGUGAAAAACGACUUGCUACAGUUACAGAAUCUUCACAAAUCCCUCAAGAAGAGAAAAAUAAAUUAUUCUGAAGAUGUAAAACAUCACAAGGAAGACCACAAUGUUGAAAUGGAAACUGUUGAAACUAAUUCUAUUGAUUUUUGGUCUGCGCUGAAUAUGAUAUGGACUGCCAUUAUUUCUCAUUGUGGAAUGAUCUUUCAAAGUCUUAGUUUUUUACCAUCACAUAUGAAUGAUGCUCCUGAAAUAUGUCAAGCUUUGUCUGCAACCUUUGACACAAUACCUGAAAAAACUGUUGCUGCUCGAGCUCUACCUCUCGUUACUGAUCUUGUACAGAGUUUGCAAUUCUCUCUGCAAAGUAUCCUGACAUUGCCAAAGACUGAUACAGAAUGUGAUAUUAUUUUUUCUGAUUUACUACACACACUGUGGACAACUAUACAAGCUUUUUCUAUUGAUUGCAACAUCCGCCCGCUCAUUAACUCUUAUAAAGAACUUAGCAAAAGUAUUGUUUUAUCUGGUGAAAUGAUGGAAAGAUUAAAAACUGGAUUUCAACAGUUAGAAACUGUUAAAAAUCUGCUGCAUGAAUGUAUUGCUGCAAUUUCAAGUAAUCCAGGCGCCUUUAUUGUUUAAAAAAAUGUUACAAUUCGACACUGAAUUGACAUAAAAUAUAAGUGUGCUGUAAAUUUGAUUAGAACCGAAACUGAUUGAAAUAAUAUUAUGCAUUAAAAUGUUUAGAAUACUGAUAUGUCUACAUGUUUUCAAUGAUUUUUGGAGUUGAGUUAAUUCGAAUUUUAAAUGGUAAAGAUUUGACCUAUUAGAACAGUUUCGGUUAUUCAGACUAAUGGAAUGCAGUGCAAAAAUGAUAUUUCAUAAAAAAAAAGGUAUAGUUUGAAUAAAUAUAUUUUGGAGUUUUUGGGUCAUCUGUGAACUUAUUUUAUUCAAUGGUAUUAAUUGCAUUUAUGGCAGAAUUUAAGUAACAAUUCACGCAAUUUGAAGAUGUACCAUACUGUGCCAGAAAAUAAUUUAUAAACAUCUUAUUGUUUAAUAGAAAAUAAUGACCGUUGGUCGUAUUAUUCUAAUGUUGAUUGUUAUUUAAAUUACUUCUUUUGAAUGCAUAUGUGCGUGAAACUGCCAUGAUUUCGUUUAAAUUUAUAUAUUUCUUCCAGCUGCAACAUUUCUUUAUUUUUUUCUACCUUACCAGCAAUCUGGCAGUGUGAGGGAUGGAACCGAGGAGCCAAGCCGACUGGCCCUGGUGCCAGAAAUUGAAAUUUAUUUUUUCUUGUGUGAUGCUGGUGCCUAUGCUAAAAGUUAUUUGCAACAUAUUUUUUGUUAUACUUCCGUUUAUAUUAAAUUUCAUACCGAUUUUGAGGAUA